AUGGACUUCCUCAAGGUGCUCUCGCGCGGCACCAACGUCGGCAAAGGCGCCGCGAAGAAUGCGCCCGCAGCGAAGACGCCGUCCAGCGGCGCGACCGCAAACCCGCAGCUUUUCGGCCGCGACGCGACCAACGACGACCGGGCCCCGACGCCUGCUACACGAUUGAAGACGAAGAAGCGCAAGAGAGGACAGAACCAUGUCGCCGAAGCAACCGUCGACCUGCCGCCCGAACUCGAUUUUUUCGGCCAUGGGAAGCGGGAGGACAAGAUAACGGGGCCCGAAGCAGCGACAGAGGCAGACGCGGAAAAAGACAAGAGUGAGGCGAAGGAAAAUCAGGCCGAGGCUGAAUCUGCUGGUGGCAUGGAGCCGAUGACGGAAGAGGAAAGCAGGCGCAUACUGCGCUCGCACAAGGUCAAAAUCACCCUGCUGGAGGACUACAAGGCGCAAGAGGCGGAGCAGAAGGCGGCGGAGCGGAAAUCUAAGAAGCGCAAGAAGGCGAAGGAGCAGGAGGUAUCGCAGCAGAAGAAGGGAAAGGUCCAGCUGUUCCCGCAACCGCUCACGUCCUUUGGCCAGCUGAGAUCGCGGUUCAACGUGAACAGGAGACUGGCGGAGAACAUCGAUGCGCAGGGCUAUACCAUGCCGACAGAAGUGCAGCUUGCCAGCCUACCAUUGCUGUUGGAUGCAGCGGACCCGGAGGGCAACGGACUUGAUCUUUUGACGGUUGCGCCAACUGGCAGCGGGAAGACGCUGGCCUUCCUGAUUCCCGUGGUCGAAUCACUUUUGCAGAGGCGUAAACAAGCACGCAACGGAAAGGAUACACCCACAAAAGAAAACGAGGGUGUUCAGGCAAUUGUUCUGGCCCCCACUAAGGAAUUGGCCAGUCAAAUCGUCAACGAAGGACGGAAGCUCAGCCUGAAGACAGGAAUCAAGGUUUCUCUCAUGCGUAAAGGUAUGGAGGUCUUGGAAGGAUCUGCGGAAGACGAUUCCAAGCCGGAAGACGAUGACGACGGUUCCGAGGGAAGCGACAGUGAGAGCCAGGGCGACUCGGCCUCGGACGAUGAAAAAAGCACCAAGGCGACAAAGAAGCGCAAGCGAGGCCAGCUGGUUAAGUCUGAUAUCCUCGUCUCAACGCCCCUUUCUCUACUGCACGCACUCCAAGUCGCGGGAAAAAAGACAGGCACCCUCCCAUCUGUAAAGUACUUCGUUUUGGACGAAGCAGACGUGCUACUCGAUCCUCUAUUCCGCGACCAAACCCUGGCCAUCUGGAACGCUUGCACAAGCCCGCUGCUGCGGGUCAGUCUCUGGUCAGCCACCAUGGGAUCCAGCAUCGAGGACCUCGCAAAGGCCACCAUCACUUCCCGCUGGACAUCCCUCGCCGCCCCCUCCUCCACCACCCGGCCCAACCUCGCCCGCCUCGUCGUCGGCCUCAAAGACUCGGCCAUCCCCAACAUCCACCACCAACUCACCUACGCCGCCACCGAACAAGGCAAGCUCCUCGCCAUCCGCCAACUCCUCCACCCCACCGCCCCCUCGUCCUCGUCCUCGACCCCGACCCUCCGCCCGCCCUUCCUCAUCUUCACCCAAACCAUCCCCCGCGCCCAGGCCCUCCACGCCGAGCUCCAAUACGACAUACCCCCCGAGGCGGGCGGCUCCGCGCGCAUCGCCGUCCUGCACUCGUCGCUCUCGGCGUCGCGCCGCGACGGCGUCAUGGCGCGCUUCCGCCGCGGCGACGUGUGGGUGCUCAUCACGACGGACCUGCUCGCGCGCGGCGUCGACUUCCGCGGCGUCAACGGCGUCGUCAACUACGACGUGCCGUCGUCGGGCGCCGCGUACGUCCACCGCGUCGGCCGCACCGGGCGCGCCGGCCGCCAAGGCGGCGUCGCCGUCACCCUGUACACCGAGGAGGACGUGCCGUUCGUCAGGAACGUGGCCAACGUCAUCAAGGCGAGCGAGGCGCUGAGGAGGGGGGGCACGGCCGCCGCAGCCGAGGGCGAGGGCGCGGAGAAGCAGACGGUCCAGCAGUGGUUGCUGGAUGCGUUGCCCACGCCGAGUAAGCGCGAUAAGCAGUUGUUGAAGAAGAGGGGCGUCGAGGCGAGGAGGACGGGCGUGGAGAAGGAGGGGGGCAGGGGCAAGUGGCGGACGCAGAUUAGUACGAAGCCGGGCUUUGCGAGGAAGAUGGAACAUAAUAGGAAGGCGGCGGUGGAGGCGAGUAGGAAGAGGAAGGAGAGUGGUGGUGGUGGUGGUGGUGGCGGCGGUGAGGAGGAGAGUGAGGGGGAGGAGUUUGGGGGGUUUGAUGAUUAG